AUGGUUGGAGUGCGAUGCGCUUACUGCGCUAUAUUACAGCACGCGCGGCGCGGCGGGGGCGCGCCAGUUGCCCAAACUGUGAGUGCCCCGCCCCCGCCGCCCCCGCCGCACCCGCAGGGGCUGAUAAUAUCACCCAGAGUGUAUCCCCGUUUCAAACGAAACUUCAUUAAGAACUCAAAUGAGACGCGUGACAUGAGCCUCUCGGAAGCUGUGUCAAAUAUAUCUAGUCCAGACUACCAAGAUCAAGACGACAUGUUCGAAACGGGCAGGGAGUGCCCGCGGAUGGAGCUCUCUGACCCUUCGGACUCGGACUCCACAAUAUUAGUAUCAGAGCCCUGCCACAAACGAGCCAAAUCAAACUCCUCCUACUCCAACGAACACGGUAGUGACGUCACACUUAACGGAGACCACAACAAUGACUAUAGAAUAGUGAUACAAGUGAAAGGACCAGACAAACAGAACGCGAAUGUGCCCAGCGAAAGUGUAAAUAAUAAUAGUUACGGUAAUGGAAAGGAGAAUGGGCACAAUUCGCCGGAGAAUCAGGGGUAUACGGAGCUGUGCGGCGGAUCGGACGCGGGGUCUGACGAGGGCUCCGACGGAGACUCGCUACACUCGUUCCACUACAGCCCGAAGGCCGUGGACAUCCCAUCCGCCGAGCGGCUCGCCAAGCGGCUCUACCACCUCGACGGCUUCAAGAAGUCCGACGUCUCACGACAUUUGAGUAAAAACAAUGAAUUCUCCCGCGCCGUAGCAGAGGAAUACGUGAAGCACUUCGACUUCGCGGGUCAGACGUUAGACGCAGCGUUACGAGCUUUCCUGGGCAGAUUCGCUCUCAGCGGGGAGACCCAGGAGAGAGAGAGGGUGUUGGUGCACUUCUCCAGGCGAUACCUCGAGUGCAACCCCGGCUCCUUCAACUCACAGGACGCCGUCCACACCCUGACCUGCGCGAUAAUGCUGCUGAACACAGACCUGCACGCCGCGGGCGCAGCGGCCGGCACCGGCUUCCGGCGCAUGACGUGCGCAGAGUUCAUAGACAACCUCACCGACCUCAACGACGGCGACAACUUCCCCAAGGACACCCUCAAACAUCUCUACCACGCUAUACGCACGCAGCCGUUAGAGUGGGCCCUAGACACGGAGGCGCCGGCGGCGGCGGAGCCGGCGGCGGGCGGCGCGGUGGGCAGCAACCCGUUCCUGGACGUGCCGGACCAGGCGCGCGCCGUCGAGUACAAGAAGGGAUACGUCAUGCGCAAGUGCUGCGUCGAUCCCAACGGGAAGAAGACGCCAUUCGGCCGGCGAGGCUGGAAGAUGUUCUACUGCACGCUGCGGGACUUGGUGCUGUACCUCCACAAGGACGAGCACGGCUUCCGACGCAGUCAGAUGUCCGACAACAUACAUAAUGCUAUUAGGAUACACCACGCGGUCGCGGCUAAAGCGACGGACUACACGAAAAAGCAGCACGUGUUUAGAUUGCAGACGGCCGACCAGGCUGAAUACUUAUUCCAGACGAGCGACUCGAAGGAGCUGUGUUCGUGGGUGGAGACGAUCAACUUCGUGUGCGCCGCGUACUCGGCGCCGCCGCUGGCGGGCGCCGUGGGCAGCCAGCGCAAGUUCCAGCGACCGCUGCUGCCCUGCGCGCACACGCGCCUCUCCAUGCGAGAACAGUUAGCGGCCCAUGAGGAGCGGGCGGCGCUGUUGGAAGAAGAGUUAGCGGCGCUACGACUCGCCCGGGACAACUCCCCGCAAGGCAGGGAUAAGGAUCACUACCUCGUCUAUGAGAUCCGGCGCUACCGCACGUACGCGUACGUGAUGCGCGCGCGCGCGGCGGGCGCGGGCGCGGAGGAGGCGGCGCCGGCGCUGCCCGAGCGCGCCGCGCAGGCGCCGCCGUGA